AUGGCUUUAUACUAUAACCUUGUUUUCGGUAUCCUCGUCUUCGAGAUGAUUUUCUUCACCGUUCUUUCGUUACCAUACCCAAGAAAGAUCAGAAGAACAGUUCUUAUGACUGUUUCUGCCCCAUUUCAAAAUGAACAAUUCCAAAUUGCUCUCAAGUGUGUCUUGGGAUUCAUUUUAGUUUUAUUCAUUGACUCUGUUAAUAGAGUUUACACUGUUACUGCAGAAUUACACCUGACUGCAGGCCAACAGGCUGCUCUUUCUGGAAUGGUAAACGAUAGAUCAGAAGUUCAAGCAAGAAGGUUUUAUGCGCAAAGAAACAUGUAUCUCUGUGGAUUUACGUUAUUCUUGACUUUGAUUUUGUCCCGUACCUAUUCAUUAGUUGCUGAAUUAAUCAUCACUAAGGAUAAGUUGGACUUGGUCAAGGGUAACUCAGACUUGAAGACUGGAGCCAAGGGAGGUGAUUCUGCGGAGAUUGCUGAAUUGAAGAAGGAAUUGGCCAAGAAGGAUGAAGAUUUGGAAAUCUUGAAGGAACAGGCAUCUGGCUUAUCCAGCGAUUACGAAGCUAUCUCUAACACUGCCAAGCCAAGAUUUUAA